CGUGUCAUUCAAUACUAACGCCUUCUUGUAGCUAAAGUUUGGUAUUUAAGCGUUGACCAUAACAAACAUUUAUUUUUCCAUUCGUACCUAUCAACCUAACCCACGAAUAUGACAGAAUUCCAGUGGCCUUGGCAGUAUAGUUUUCCACCAUUUUUUACAUUGCAGCCAAAUGCAGAUGUUAGAAAAACACAGCUUGAUGCUUGGUGUGCACUUGUUAUUGCAUGGGGCAAAAGUAAUAAUGUCAGUCAGAUAGAUGUUGCAGAAACAUCCAGCCUUCCAGUCUUUAAGAAUCCAUCCAUUAGUCGAGCCUUACCAGCGGAUAGCAUUGCGGUGGUUUUAGAGGAGUUAGCAAAGCGAGGGAACCUUGAAUGGAUCGAUAAGACAAAACGAAGAGGCUACUUAUUGUGGAGAAGUCCUGCAGAAUGGGGACAACAGAUAUAUGCUUGGGCCCAAAAUACUAGUCGGAUCAAUAAUGUAUGCACUCUCUACGAAAUUAAUCAAGGCGAUGACACUGCUGAUCAAGAAUUUCAUGCUUUGGAUGGUGAUAUUCUCAUGAAAGCUCUGAAGGCAUUAGAAGUUUCAGGCAAAGCAGAACUAAUGGAUUUCGGAGACAACCAAGGCGUUAAAUUCUUGUAAUUCAGGAUUAUGUUUCUAGUGCUUAGCUUACAUCUGUAACCCAAAAAUUGGGCAUCAGGUAAACCAUGUAUACACGACAUAAAACUAGGACUACAACUGUAAUUGAAAGGUAACACAGUAUAAUAUGAACAUGCGGUACAAUUUUUCACAAUUAAAAUUUAUACGAGAA